UCCACCAAAUCUCCAUUGUGGUUCCCACCCCACUCCUUGUUUGGCUUGGCUGACCGUGUCCCGUAAUAUCCGUAGCUGCCGUCUUCCUGACUUUAUCGUCUUCUGGCUCCCGUCCUUCUAAUUGACCAUAUCGCGCGCGCUUAAUCUUUCUUCUCUUUCCUCACUUUCAGCCUCACCCACACCAUCACACACACCCACCAUAUCAGCAAAAAUGUCUGCCAAGUUCCAGGAUGAGGCCGUCACCUCGAUACGGGAGGACACAAAGGAAUUGGUGCACAAGGUUGGAAACCGGUUGACUGGCGAUGGCUAUCUCGCUCUCUACCUCCGCCAACUGCAGUCCAACCCCCUGCGCACUAAGAUGUUGACCUCCGGUGUCCUGUCCAGUCUGCAAGAAAUCCUGGCCUCGUGGAUCGCCCAUGAUGUCAGCAAGCACGGUCACUACUUCAGCGCCCGCGUCCCCAAAAUGGCCCUCUACGGAAUGUUCAUCAGCGCCCCGCUGGGCCACUUCCUCAUUGGAAUUCUGCAGCGGGUCUUCGCUGGCCGGACUAGCAUCAAGGCCAAGAUCCUGCAGAUUCUCGCCAGCAACUUGUUGGUCUCCCCCAUCCAAAACGCCGUGUACCUGUGCUGCAUGGCCGUUAUCGCGGGCGCGCGCACCUUCCACCAGGUCCGCGCUACCGUGCGGGCCGGUUUCAUGCCCGUUAUGAAGGUCAGCUGGGUCACCUCGCCCAUCGCGCUGGCCUUUGCUCAGAAGUUCCUCCCCGAGCACACCUGGGUGCCUUUCUUCAACAUUGUCGGGUUCGUCAUUGGUACCUACGUCAACACGCACACCAAGAAGAAGCGUCUUGAGGCUCUCCGCAAGCGCUACGACCAACGCCGUGGACCCGGUAGCGAGUACGACAAGGGCGACUACCGGUAAACGAUGUAAAUAUACUGUACCUAGCUUAUGACUACCGACUGGUUAGUGUGGACUUCCCGAUAUGGUCGGUUAGAGCAGUGUGUUCGAUCGGGUAUGUCCUCCCGAAACCGAGGAACUGCCGGAUCGAACGGCUGCCUCAG